GUGUAAAACAGGUAGAUAGUGUUAUAAUUAUCUCUUUUUUUCUCUCUUUUUAAAUGUUUCCGAGUAAUUCUUGAAGUGUGAGAUAAAUCAAAAAAAAGGGAUGAAAGAAAAUACUUAGAAAUCUAAACAUUAAAAAAGGUCCAAUCUAUUAAGAGGGAAAUUGUUUGAUUAUGAAAGCACAUGGGUUUGCGAAAAUUUGAAGAAGACGCCAAGAUGCAAAAAGAGAUAAGCCGUGAACGUGCUGUCAUCUAGUGCGUGAAAGCCUAUAUGCAAGGGCAGUUUUACUCCAGACAGCUGACAAAUGUUCAUUGUCAUUGACACGGUCGUUGAUUCCACUAAAACGUGGGCCUUGUUUUCGUUCAAAUCACGGAAUAGGUAGUGCUUGUGAUUAAUCAAGGUUAUGAUUCUAUGCACGUGAAAAAAAAUAACGACAUCAAUCUUUUUAGUCAAUCUAUAAUUGGCUUAAGCCUGAACAAGUGUUGUUCAUCACAGAUGAAACAUUGAUUCUCUUAGACGUUCAAGCGCGUUUGAUUGAGUUGGUACAUCAUAGUCAAAUAACAGAGAAGAAAAACACCUUAUUUCUUAUCAUAAAUCGUACUACCAGGCUGUUAUCACUGAGAAUAGUAAUGGUGAAGCCGAGAAAACUCUUACGUGAGGGCGAAGGGCCAAUGAAAAUGACAAGAUUCGCCAUCAUAACCAGGAGAGCAAGACGAUGUGCUCGAGAAAAACGACUUCGUGCCAAAGUGUUGAGGAUGCUGUCGCAGAAACGUGCAGAGGCAGAUGCUGAGGGUGGAGGUGGUGGAGGUGAUGGUGCUGUGACACCAGGAAGUAUUUCCAAUGGUGAGACGACAAAGGAAUUUCUGUUAACUGGUAGAACUGGAAGAAGGAAUGCAAUGCCCGAUAUUCUAAGUCAACACGCCGAGACUGGAACGGCAAAUUUACCCUCUCGCCUUGACGCUCUUUCUAUUGAUUCACAGCACGAUCAACCAGGCACGAGUGAAAUGGACCAAGCAGGACCAUCGACAUCUCAAGAACAGAUGGGUUGACGCAAGAAGGAAUUAACUUUCAUGAUAAUUAUCUAAGAUUUUCAUCUGCUUGUGACUGGAAGAUCAGUUUCGUUACUUAAUCUAUUUAUAGACUCCAAGAUGAUAACAUAAUUAUAUUGUUAUCAUCUAUCAAGCAGGAUGAGAACUGAGACUGCAAUGAGAAAGAAAAAAAAAAACAAAGAAUAUUAUUUUUCAUCGAGAUAUUACCAAGGUUAGAGGAAACUGAAUAUGUAAAUAAUCAUGUAAGCACUACAAAAAAUAAGUAACUAUUGUGUGAUAUUGAAUCAAUUAUUUUUAACAGAAAAGUUUUUAAAUAUUAUUGCGGAAAUUUACAUAAAGAAUUAAUGGUUACAUAUUUGUUUUAAAAAUCUGCUGGUGCAGAUCUAUUAAUUGUAAAGGAUUUUUUGUAUUUUCGAUGAUAAAUAUUGUGUAUUAACCUCGUAUUGUUAUAAAAAUACGAAUAAGUCACUAAGGUAAUUAAUUGUCAAUAUUUCUACGGUUAACAAUGGAAAUUUCAUUGACAUAACGAAUUGAUUAGUCAGUAGAAUAAUAUUAUUACUUGCAAAAAUUGUACAAAUGCUGAAUCUCAUUUUUAUUGUAUUUUUUUUUUUUAUUUUUUUUAAAAUCUAAUUUUUUAUAUUCAUCAUAUUCAUUUCAAUAGUAUUAAAGCUGUGGUUUAAAGAUAUUAUUGCACUGUCAAAUGGAAGAGACCGCACAAAAAUAAUACAUUAGAUGAAAAUUAAUAAUAGAACUUUAUAUUCAAUAAUGUAAAAUUAACUAUCAUGUUAAAAAUUUACGUGACUCAGAGGUUGUUACAUAAAUGAAGGACCCACGUUGAGUAAAACUAUUUUUACGUAUUGAUCGCGUCAAUAAAAUCAUCAGUAGAAGUUGUAUGUAUUAAAUGUAUACGAAAAAGUUGUAAGAAAUAAUUAUAAAUACCACAGCUAAAACGAAUUCAUCUUUAAAAUGUUUUUUUAUAAACAAUAAUUAUUUACUUUUAUUACUCUAGUCAAUUGUAGUAUUUUAUUAAAGCGAAUCGAUAUUAUUUUAUAAUCUCAUUAAUUACUCCAAUCCUAAAAAUAAUGUGCUCUCUUUUUUAAAAAAAAAAACAAGAACUUUUGAUUGUUCUUCGUUAAAAUCAAUGACUCGAUAGACUACUUUACAAACACACAUGGAUUUUUAUAGCCUCUGGAGAAUACAUAUAACAAAUUGUAGUAAAUGUGUCAAAUAAACAUGUUUUUAUAUAAAAUGA